CGCUGAAGUUAAAAAAAAAUCUAAAAGAAAAUGGCGAAUGCGUCAAGGACAUUUUUGACGUUUGUGUAUUUAGUUGUAAAUUCUGAAUAAAUACCAAUUUCUACAAAAACAUUAAUAUAAACGUAACGAUAUCGUGUCAAGAAAAUGCCUUAGAAAGAAAAUAAGCACUGUAGUUGAUUUAAGCUAACGCUGAAAUGUCUAAUUGGAUUAUAACUAUUACUAACUAAGUGUUAUAUUUACAAGAUCGCGAUGAAUUCGAUCUUUGUGUUAUAAAUAAGAUAUUAUAAGUGAAAAACCUCAUAGAAAUGCGGUGCAGUGUGCAAAGCUGUUUCAACGAUACGAAACGAACAACCAAAAGCCACGGGAUUACAUUUCACUUGUUUCCCAAAGAGCCAAAUCUCCGGAAUGCCUGGAUGGAGGCGCUGGGCAUUUCAGACUGGGAGCCGAAGGACCGCAGCACAAUAUGCUCUGAGCACUUCCGGAAUGACGACUUUUAUGAGACCAGAUGUGGGCUGCGGAAGAUCAAGAAUGGAGCUGUGCCUGUGUCUGCUCAGGAUUUGGCCAAUGAUCUGGACGCACCUGCUGCUUUAAGGGUCUGCAGGAUAUGCCUGGCAACGGACUGCAAGAUGUAUAACAUACGGGAUCAUAAACUGGAGCAGGCCUUCACAGAUGUCAGCGGGAUGACAAUGAGCGAGGAAGACAUAUUGCCUCAGCGUCUCUGCUGGGAGUGCGGCCAUCGACUGCUAACAGCCGCCAGGUUUAAGAGCAAAGUUCUUAGAGCGCAUGACCUGCUCACCGGCCUGCCUCACGCCAGCCCAUACAUCACAAUACGCGACAUCCGUUCAAUAAACCGCCGCCAAAACCAACUAAGAUCACAUUUGACAUACAAAUACUAUGAUCCAAACGAUUUCCACAUACACAUAAAUGAGGACGAAAUUAUAGUCAAGUCAGAAAUCAAAGACACUGAAGAUAUCGAAGAAAAAGUACCGCCUAUAACUGAAGUGGAAAUUAUAAAAGAUGAAAAGAACAAUACGGAAUUAUUUUAUCAAGAAUUUGAUAAUUAUGAUGAUAAUAUUAAUGAUGCCAAUGAUAAUGAUUAUAAUAAUGAUGCAAGUUAUGUUGAUAACGAAGUGAAUGAAGACAGUGAUGAUAAGGUGUUAAGUGAAGUUUAUGUGAAGAAGAAGAGGAAAGUGAAGAAGGUUAAAGUGAAGAAGAAGGAGAAGGUAGUAAGGAAGAAAGAGGAGGAAGAUAAUCCAGUGACUACUAUGGAUAAGUACAAAAACUCUGACGUGAAACGACGCAAGACCACAGACGGUCUCGACGAGUCCCUCUUCACGAUCACGACCCUCAGCUACGACGAGCAAAUAGCCGAGAUACAGAAACGGCAGGAGAGCACCAACUACAAGAGCGCCCCCUACAAGUGCGGAGUCUGUUAUAGAGGCUUCCUUGUACGGGACAGAUAUGAUGCGCACGUCGUGAGGCAUAGCGAGCAAUCCGGAGCAUACGAGUGCUUCAUAUGCAAGAGCCGGCUGAAGAGCGCGCGGGCGCUCCGGAAGCACCUCACAGCGCAACACACAGAAAAAUUCAGCUGCAAGGGAUGUCCGUUCGUCACCAGAAACAGGGGCGUUGCCCGCGAGCACGAAAAGUGGCAUGCCGGCACUAAGUACCAGUGCCCGCACUGUCCGAGCGAAUUCGAUAAACUGACCACAUACAUGGGCCACAUAAGGAUAAAGCACGUGUCCGACUUCGUGUGCGAGCUGUGCGGGUACACGUUCGUCAGCAAGAAGGGCAUCGACGUUCACAAGAAGAAGAAACACAGGCUGCAGGACAAGACGGUGGAGUUAGAAGGUCCGUACUGCGAGACGUGCGAAGUACGCUUCGUGUCUGAAGAGGCCCACGAGCGACAUCUCAAGCUGUCGUCGCGACACAGCAGCGACAGCGACCCCAAUCGCAUCCGUAACGACUCGCAAAGCAUCAACGCGGAGAAAAACGGUCGAGUGAUGCGGAGGGUUGAAAGGAGACCCGUGAUACACGCGCGCGACGGAGAGAGACAGGACACCGCCGGGCCCGUCACUUGCGAACAGUGUGGCAUCCAACUGCGUGACCUACGCUUGUACGCUCAGCACUUCCGGCGCGCGCACCCGGACAAGAAUCGAACCAAGUACCCCGCGAUGAAGACGCCCUGCAUGUGCGAGCAGUGCGGACGCAUCUUCCAGAGUAUGGCCCUCUUAAAAGACCACAUGUGGGUGCACACCGGCGAGAAGCGUUUCAAGUGCGACCGGUGCGAGAAGAGCUUCACCCAGAAGACGAACCUGGUGUUCCACAUGCGGGUCCACAGCGCCACGCGGCCCAGCUACGAGUGCCCCCUGUGCGGGAAGCACUUUGCCUUCUUCAACAACCGCCGGAGGCAUAUGUUUAUCCAUACCGGCCUAAAACCCUUCAAGUGCGAAACAUGCGGCAAAUGCUUCACCACCGCCGGCGAGCAGCGCGCGCACGUUGAACACGUGCACCUGAAGAAGCCGUGGCCGAAACGGCAGAGGCACCGGGAGGCCGAGCCCGCGCCGUGGCAGAAAUGCCUGGACCCCAUGGAAGACUAGGUUUUACUUAGAUCUAGGUAAAACAAGCCUUAAUUGGUAGAAAGUGGCUUUGAACUUAAAUAUCCUGGUCACGGCACCAAAAUGUAAAAUUACCUUUUUUUAAAUACAUUCAAAGGUACAUUCAAAAAGUAUUUCCUGGUAGUCGGACUAAGUGAGUUUGAAUUCACGGUCUGAGUAAUUCAAAAUCCGACUUCAACAGUCCCAUUUGCACUUUAUAAAAAAAAAAUGAUAUGAUAAUAACCAUACAACCGCGAAGCAUGCUGCGGACACUGAACCCGCAGCGAGUGUUUUUAAAAUUGAAAUGAUUGUAGAAUUACCCCCUUAUUCAUAAACGUUUACUAAAGUUGACAAGCCGAUAAUAAUCGUUUGUCCCUUUCCAUCAUACCAAUACGUCGGAAAGGGACAAACGACUAAUCCUUACCGAUAAUCGUGAUGAAACCGGUAGAGACACUAUACUUCGUUUUUUUUAGCAUUAGAAAUUAGGUGUAAACAAUCUUGAUGUGUCUUUUAAUUGAAAAUCACAUUUUAAAAAUAAGUUACGGCAAAUAUGUAACAAUUAUGAAUCUAAUACGGUCAUUUAUUAUAUUCUUCUGCUUUCAUAAGUAUUAGUUAUUGAUUUAUAAAAAGCGUUUUUCAAUUAAAAGACAUGCCAAGAUCGCUUACCUUCUUUCAAGUUCAUUCUAAUGCUAAAAAAACGAACUAUAGACGAUUUUUUUUUCUUAGCCUAUUUGUGUGUCCCACUGCUGGGCAAAGGCCUCUCCCCUGGUUCUCCAGACGAUUUAUUAAAUCCUAAAAAUGUACCACAAUGAUGACAAAUUGCUGAAUAACAUACGGCCUACCCUGUCCCUAUGGUAAGCGGUCAUCAUAAUAUAUGGAUGCUUGAAGAAUCAAGGGUAUCUUGUGUAUAUGUAGGUAUAUGAAUAUUCAUUGUAUAUCUUCAGGCAGUUUCGAAAGCUUUAUGAUUUACUAUUUUAUCACAAUUUUAUUUAAUUAAAUGAGUGCUGAGUGUGAAAUUAAAUAUGAAUAUUAUAGAUACGAAUAUGAUGGUGUAUUGUAAAUAUUAAUAUCAUACCUAUAGUUUUAAUUAGUAAUUAUUUAAAUUACUCAUUAUUGUAUACCUCAAAUGGAAUCAUCACAAUUUAUUAAGAUGAUAUACUAAUGAAUUAUGAAUACAAGUUAGAAAUUGCUUUUUUAAUUGCCUUAUCUAACAAAGAGUUAUUGAUUGUAAAAAUAAACGGUAAUACGUCACAUGUUUGACUAAUCAAAGCAUAGAUGGCAUUACUAUACGAAUGUCAUUCGUAAUAUUUUUACUUUUGAAACUUAAUCGUACAAAAUUAUCACUCUAACACUUAACACCUAAAAUAGGAAAAUCAUUUGAGGCAAUUUUUACGGAAAAAUCAGCUUUCAUAUCCAUAGCAAGAAUUUUUCUUAACCUUUACUAUGACUAACUCUUUGUUAUUUUGUGAACAAAUUAAUAAAUAUCAUUAGGAUUUUUCGCCUAUUAGCCAUAAUAUUGUGUGUAGCAGCUAGAUGUAUGAAAUUCUGUAGUAUUUUAUAUAUUAACUGAAUACAAUACAUAAAUUAAUU